UUUUGCUCUGCUGCUCAGCUUCCUAAUCCAAAAGCCUCUCGCCUUUGUUCGUACGGAGCAGCGUGAAGGAGGUGUUGGAGACCAUGGCCGUGCUCGCAAGGACGGCGCCGCCCCUCGCCGGGACCGGCCACCGUCCCUCCGUUGCGGUCAGGCCGUCUGUGUCCCUGUCCUUCGCCGCCUCCUCGAGGCCCCGCUCCGGGCUGGGGCUGAGCGCGGCGGGGGGCGGGAGGGUGGCCGUGGCGCGUCGCGCCGUACCGCGCAGCAUCGUCGCUUCCUCGGAGGUUGAGCAAAGCUACAUUAUGAUCAAACCUGAUGGUGUUCAGCGUGGCCUGGUUGGGGAGAUUAUUUCUCGCUUUGAGAAGAAAGGCUUUUUGUUGAAGGGCUUAAAGCUUUUUCAGUGCCCCAAGGACUUGGCUCAGGAGCAUUACAAGGAUUUGAAGGAUAGACCUUUCUUUCCCAAGCUUAUUGAUUACAUAACUUCUGGUCCUGUUGUUUGCAUGGCCUGGGAGGGUGAUGGUGUUGUUGCAUCAGCUCGUAAACUAAUAGGAGCUACUAAUCCCCUUCAAGCUGAACCAGGGACCAUUAGGGGUGAUCUUGCAGUUCAAACAGGAAGGAAUGUUGUCCAUGGAAGUGAUAGUCCUGAUAAUGGCAAACGUGAAAUUGCCCUGUGGUUCAAAGAAGGCGAGCUCUGCCAAUGGGAAUCAGUUCAAACACCUUGGCUUAUAGAGUAAUCUUUGCUGAUCGCUGUGAGAUCCGUAUCCAGAACUUGUUUGUUGUUUCGUUCAACUUGAUUCAAGGGGCCAUGUAUGAGUGUAUGAGUUUAGUUCGGCUUAGUAAAUUAGCUCAUCUGGGCUCCACAUAUUCAGUAUCUUUUUGUGAUAUUGAACAUCAUUGCAACUGAAACCUUUGAUCAGUUGUUCUUGUCGAGAAUUUUCUUCUCACAUUUACAUGUAACGUCUUGAACAAAAUAAAGGCAAGAAAGUUCCAUGUCAUUAGCGGCAUGCUGUUGUAUUUCACAUGCUGUGGUGUUCGUGGAACUUAUAUAAUCAUGAAGCAAAAUCGAAAUAUAUGUUGGCCCUUUUGUGGGGGAAGUAAA